AUGGCCGGCGGAAUCGUCGCAGAGCCGCUGAACCCGCGCGACGGCUUCAAUUGGGUGUUCCUCGUUGAGCUGCUCAUCUGCGGCAUCCUGACCGUCUUCUUCUUCUUCUACUUCAACCGCCUGUUCGCCACGCUCAUCUCCUACGCCGUUCGCGCAUACACCUGGCGCAACUUCCACGCCUACAUCGACAUCACCGGCCUGCAGAUCUCCCCGCUGGGCGGCCGCAUCUUCUUCAAGGACAUACGCUACCACGGCCACAACGAGACCAUCCUGGUCCACGGAGGCUACAUCACCUGGAACUACUGGCUGCGUCGCGUGCGAGAUGCUGCCGUCUACGCCGGCAGCGAUGCCUCCGCCGACCCAGACAGCAGGCGCGCCUCGAGCGCCUCGGAUGCCCCGUCGACCAGCCGCAGCCGCAACGUCGACAAGGCGGAGAAGGGCGGCAAGCAGACGCCAAAACAGCUCCCCUGCCGUAUCUCGGUCAAGAUCUCCGGUGUCGAGGCUUUCAUGUACAACCGCAGUCCUGCCUACGACGGCAUCGUCGACGCCUUCCAGCGCAAAGCCCAUGCCAAUACCGAGCCAUCCACGGAACCUUGUUCCUCCGCCUCUCACGCUACGCGCAGCAGCUCCGUAUCACAGUCCGACGGCUCAUCGCACGAUGAGGAACAUCACCACAAGAAGCUCCGGAAAGACCCUCCUGCCCAGGAAGAGAACGUGCAGCGAGUUGACACAAGCCGCUCGACUACCUCCACGUCGAAGAGAGACAACCUCCCCGCCUUCCUCAGGAUCCUCCCCGUCCACGUAGACAUUACCAAAGGCGCCAUCGUUGUCGGCAACGAGAACACCUUGGCCGUCAUCACGGCACAGUUCGAAAAGGCCACAGGCACCCUCGAUGCCUCGUCCAGUGGCCCUUUGGAUGUCUACCAGCAGCUGUUCUCCUUCCAAGUCACACACCCCAUCGUGCACAUGAAACCAAAUCCCGACUACAAGUCCUCCCAACUCGACUCGGCUGCGCUGUACAAACAAGAGUCGGACAAGGGCAUCCCAGAAGAGAGCAUCAUCGAAAAGGACGUUACACACAAGCACCGCAAACCCUGGUCGAAGAGCAUUUCCAUCCUGUCUGGCCUCUUCUCCAAAUCUUCCGACUCAGUACAUACGCAUUCCAAGUCUGGUCUCAAGAACAGCAAGUACUUUGCUCCUCAGUGGCACUUCCCAGGUCAGGAGCGGUGGAAAGGUCUAGCGCGUUACCUGGAUGAUAGUCAGAACGACGGCCAUGGCGAAUGGGAUGGAAUUGAAUAUGCCAAAACCUCACUUAUAGCCGAUAUUCCUUGCGUGAAUGUCAGCUUCUACUGGGACGUGACAGGUCCAGUACCUGCUGAAAAUGACAACUCCAUGUUCGUUGACUCUGACCGCCCGCACGACAUCAAUGGCAGCGUACCUCCCGACUAUGGAAUGGAUAUCGAGGUGUUUGGUGGACUCAUCAACUACGGUCCUUGGGCCGACCGACACAGAGGCAUCUUCCAAAACAUCUUCUUUCCCGGAGCCCGUGUCGACGCAGUUCCCGCCGCGCCACUGCAGACUGGAGACCCUCGUACUCUGUCCGUGUUCAAGCUGUUCCUGUUCAUCGGGGAAGAUACUGUGCUGCGUAUACCGAUCCGUGAACCCUCCAAAGAUUGGAGAUGGAAGGGGAAAGCGCACACUUUGGCAGCACAUGAGAAGUCGGCACAGGACAAAGCCAAGGGGAAAUCCAAGUCUCGGAAACGACGGGGGAAACAACGAGACACCACCGCGGCGCAGAACGUCCGUCCAUUUGCUUGGAUCGAUGUCAAAGUGGCUGGCAACUCCACCGUCAACUACACCAUGGAUAUGGUUGCUUCCAGCAAAGGCUUUGGCAACAAGCUGGACGUAUCCAUAGCGAGUACUGAAAUCUCGUCCAGCGUCAACCAUGGUUUGCUGUGGCGCUCUGGAUCUAUUGCGCUGGACUGUGACUUGUCAGCUCCCCUUGCCUGGAACACGCUACGAACUUGGAUGUUCAACAUCAAAUGUCAAGACCUCGAGCUUUUCCUGCUCAGAGAUCAUUUGUUCCUCCUGACAGACCUGGUUGCUGAUUGGGGUGCUGGUCCCCCACCCGACUACUUUCUGUUCGUGCCCUUCCGUUACCUUCUCCACGUCGAUUUCAACAACUUCAAGCUGUAUCUGAACACGAACGACUCCAACAUCGUCAACAACCCAGCUGACCUUGACGACAACGACUUCAUCAUACUGUCUGGUGAGCAUCUACAAGGAGACGUAACAAUACCGUUAGACAAGUUCCGUCCGCUGCAGAACGAAAUCCAAUUCGAUGUUCGCGGCGACGACAUGACCUUAGAAGUGCUCAUGCCCCCGAAAAAUACACUCAAAACAUUUCUCAGGUCACCCAAAGCUGCCAAACUGGGUGGACUUACUCUGAAAGGGUCCCAUACGUACGUGACCACCAUGGAUCCUAUGAACACCGACAGGCUGUUCAUGGACAUACAAGGGCACAGGCUAAACCUAGAAUUAUAUGGCUGGUUGAUCCAUCACUUCAUGAAAAUCAAGGAGAACUAUUUUGGCGACGAUAUGCAUUUCAAGACACUGGAGGAGUUUCAAGGCCUACCGAGCACCAGUCUUUCGAAAGACGAGCCAGGCACGGACAGUCAGCCUGUCAAGAUCUCAAACGACCUUGAUGUUAUCCUUUGCAUCUCAGUGGAUGAUACCAGUGUCCUCGUACCUGCUAAUCUUUAUUCAGCUGAGCGCAGCGUGCGAGCGGAUCUACCCUAUGCUUCAGCCGACCUUCGUUUCACCAACUACUACAUGGAUCUGAUGGUCAACUUCAGCCCUAUCAGCGUCUCCCUUUCCGAGCCGACCACUAGCCCUGAAUCUAGCCCCGAACAGCUCCACGGGUCUUCAAGUGGACAGACGGAGCUAUUCGUUGAUUCAGUGGUCAUCUUCGGCCAUCGUUUGUUUGGUCUUCCACCUACUGAACCCACAUACAUCUGCAAUUGGGACUUUGACGUAGGCAAGAUCUCUGGAGAAUGCACUUCUGCUUUCAUCGAGACCGCAGCCGGUGCGGCGCGUUCCUUCGCAUUCACCCUCGACGACGAUGAGAAUUCGGUUCCCCUAACCGAAAUUCCAAUCAUCCACGACACUACGCUUCUGAGGUUAAGAACCCAAGACGUCCAUAUUUGGCUACAUAUUGCACCAGAGGCCUUGUUGGUGAAGACCAGCGCCAUUACAUUGGAUUUCAACGACCUCGCAGGCGCAACCUUCUCUCAGCGUCUGUCAGCUUGUGUGCCAGACUUGACCGUCGGUGCUGUUGAUGCGCGGUCAGCAUCACGUCACCGCACGCGUUCUGGGGGGAAGCGCGUCGUUGAAACACAUGCUUUUUUUCAAACCACGCUGUCUUUGAAUAUGCUGACGCGGAAAUUGGACUUUAGGGCAGAUCGCGAUAAACAGCAGGCACACAUGCGUGAGCACGAUCAACGUACGAACCGUGCCAGCUUCCUGUUUAAGCGUGAGUUCGAUCACACGUUCUACCAGCCAACGACCGUGCAGAACAAUGUGCGCCCACCGGCAAUGCAGUUCCCGGACAUGCCUCAGCCAAUAUUGUUCUAUGGGCCACGCACGCACGAAACAGCUUCUUUGAGAUCGACGGCCUCUCUAUCAAACGGCUCAUUGCCAAGAGGUCGAAGAUCGGGUACAGGCUCGUUGAGAUCGACCUCCAACGGCUCUCUCGCAAGCAGCAUUCGAUCCACCAUCAGACACAAACAUACUGCCAACACCACAAGAUCUAGUAGAAGUCGGACUCUUUUUGGCGGCUCUUCGAACCGUGCAGAAAGUGGGAGUCGAUUCCACACGCCUUUGGGAGAAGACGAACGCACAAGACGCAACCUGGCUCCUUCUUCUGUGGCUCUUUCUAGUUCCCUAGCUCCUCCAUACUUUCCCUUGGAUCAGAUAGACCCAGACCUGUCCGAUGUUCCUUCCAUACCGAACUUGCCGACACCUUUUGAAAAGGAUCGAGAUGACGCUCUGGUCUUCAACGAUGUGUCUACAGGACAUCUGGACGAGACUUUUGCACAUACGAGCCUUCUCAUCAGCGCAGAGCCAGGCAUUCGAAUCUAUUGCACUCCGGACUUCGUCAAAUGCAUUUCGAAUCUUGUCGAAAUUAUCCAGCCCCUGCGCCCUGAAGACCUACUCGACGACUUCCAGAUCAAGGUCAUGACCAGGAUUUUAGACAACAGGACGCGACUAGAGGGUAUCGGAAGCUCGUUGGAGUUCAACGUCCGUGUACCGUUUGCCCAUAUUCGCUUCCAGCACGGGUUCGAUUCAACCUCAACAUCUGCAGCUGGCAAAGAUCAGUAUGAUGUUAUUGCAAACAACCUGGAACUAGCUGCGCGUAUGAAAAAGUUCCCUGGAGAACGAGCUGGUGAGGAUUCGCUUGCGCUGCACACUACGCUGGGCUCACUCGGUCUUUCUGUCACUGAGCGUGCUCUCCAGGGUCCCAGUGAAGGUGUUGCAGUGCAGGCAGAGUUACGAGAUGUUCUCGUAUGGUCCCUGCAGAACAAGGAAAGCUCUGUCAACAUUUCAUUUCGAUCAUUCGAGACGGCUGCUGCAAGCAAGAAAAUCGAGUACCUUGCUGCGCUCGUCCAUCGCACCACGCUACUUGCCGAAGAGCUAGCUCUAGGCUUUGUCGAAGCGGAUGAACAACAGCAACGCAGGUUACGCUACUUGGCUUGGUAUCUUACCAGCGUUCAAGACCAGUACGCCGACCCUGCUUUCCUGAUCAAGGUGUCUUACGCUCUCCGUGCAGCAAGGGAUCACCUACGUAGUCACGAUUCAUGGAAGAUAAUAUCUCGCUUCCGUUAUACCUGGCAAUGCUUGCCAUCAUAUGAGAAGCGCGACCUGACCCGGAAAUGCGCCCAAAGAAGUGUGGGCUGCCCUGAAAACGCAGAGGAGAUGAUCAUCACGAUGUGGGAUCAAUGGCGGACGUGGGAUCUCGCACACGUCAAGAAGAGUCUUGCUAUGAGACUACUGUUUUGUCAUCUCGCUGAGAGUUUACCUACUCCGGAAUCGGCGCCUCUCUGCGUUGCUGUGAAGUCCGCUGGCAUAAAACUCAUUGUCGAUCCAGGGCCAAAGCAGAGCGAGAUUGAGCUGGUUAUUCUGGCAAUCAACGUUGUGCUUCUACCUCCUGUGAGAGAGCCAGAUGCACUUGGGGUGGUCACUGAUGAGAUACCUACAAAGUCUUCCACGGUGCAAGUCAGUUCCCGAGAGACUUUAUUCCAAGUCAAUUGGGAGAUAUGCGAAUUGGCAGAGGCGCUUACGAACCUCUUUUUAAAGGAAGACGACGCACCGCGUACGACAGUAAUGGCUAAAUCACCUCCGCCAAAGCAUGCUAAAACGCCGGUCUAUCACCAGGAUGUGCAGGUGGUCUUCGUCACAGACAGAUCGCAGAUCAUACUCGACACAAUUAAUCUUCGCAGUGUUAUGACAGGACGGCACUUACGGUUCUCAUUCAUUGAUGCAGACAAGAAAGCCUCUGGUCGUGGGGAGAUUCUAAGUGCGCACAUGCAUCUUGAGCUGGCUGUUGGUGAAAUCUUCUCUCGGUCGCGAUCUCUUGCCAAGGCUCAAUUUGAGCAACCGAGUCUUUAUUUCGCUCUGGUUGAGCACGAAAAGGGCAGUAACAUCCCUGACGAGAUCAAGACCGCAGCUGCCAGUCAAAUGAUCAUCUUCAAGAUUCAAGAAGACAUAUCAGGCUUUGUGGAAGUGGUGGAUGCUGUGCUGCGCGAAGAGGUUGCAUAUUUCCAGCGCCAGUCCAAGGCAAUACAGUCUAUAGCCAAGAAAGAGAAGGAGAAGAAGACAAGCGAGACAGUAUCGACAACUAGCAAAGUCAAGGAUGCCCAACUUCCCAAUGUCACACUAGCUUUGUUUAUGGACGCAUAUCAAGUUGAGCUUGCGCUACUCCAGCCUUUGGGUUGGUCCAUAUCAGGCAAAUCCGGGCGCAUCGCAGUAGUUCCCGCCCUCGGAAAGAAUGUCACUCUUCGUGUCGACUAUGAUCUUGACGCUAGCCACCACAGACUGUACAGCACGUCUUCCGAGGGGUCACACGUCAUCAGCUCCCUGCAGCUGCCCGCUGUCAACGGUCGGUUGAAUGUUUCACAGACAGAUCAAGAAACUCGUAUCAUGGCUUCUGGUAUCAUAGAAACCAUCCAGAUACAAGCUCGUGAAAUACAGGCACUUGCAACGACGUUGAACAAGCCAGAAAUCACGCAGAUGCUUGACGCCGUUCGAGAGGAUGUAGAAGUCCUGAAGACGCACAUCGAAGAGAUCUUCCCGCCAGAUGAGGAUAGUGCUGCGAUCAGGCCUCCCAUCCCGUUGAGAGAUGUCCUCUUCGGAGUACAGCUAACCUUUUCUGGGAUGAAUGUAGUCGCAAUCGCACCCGGUAAAGAUGACGACUCUCCAACUGCGAAUCUUGCGUUCUGCUUGUCAUCCGUCCAGCUAGAGGCUACGAACAUUAGUACAGACGACAAGGCAAUGCUUUUCCCCGAAGCAAUUGUUCGAAUCCAUGAAGUGACUAUCGACAUGACGUUGACAGACGCCAAGUCCAUCCGUCGUUGUGGCAACCUUACCUUCAGUGCUAUUUUCCAAGCCACGACUGAGCACGACUCUGAGCCCCAGCGAAGACUGUACCGAGUUCGUAGCUCUGGACUCCAACUCAACGUAUUUGCAGACACCGCGUCAGCCGUUGUGGACGUUAUGAAUCACCUGCAAGACAGGAUCAAGGACCUCGAUCUCUCAAAAGAGAAACAGUAUUUCAGAAGGCUACGUCAUACGAAGAGUAAGCUUUCGAGCAAACGCACCAAGAGCGUCAAGAGUCGUGCAGAUACCGAUGAUGACAGCAUCGACUCGGGUGCUUUGUUUACUUCAACAUAUUCCAUGGAGCUGCUCGAUUUACAAGCCACUUGGGUUGUCGGCACUUCGAUUGCGCCCUUCCCCAACACUGAAACUGAAGACCUCGUUCUAUCAUUCAAGAGAAUCAACCUAUCCACGCAGAAAGAUGAUGCAGCACGCUUGAUGAUCGAGGAUAUGCAGCUGCAAAUGGUACCAGUUUCUGCUGAUAAGAAGAUGCGAUCUCUGAACUCAGCGUUGCUGCCGAGGAUGCAAUUUAAUGUAGCCUACGCCUCCACGAAAGAGACAAGAAAGCUUGCUUUUCAUGCUGCCGGCAAAGCCCUCGAUCUUCAACUGGACUCCCACUUUAUCCUCCCUGCGAAUGUCAUCGAGCGUUCGAUCGCGCUCGCAGGCAAAAACUUCCGAAAGGCUUCUGCGAACUGGAGCGUAACACCCACAACAUCUGGUGCACAGCGAAAGAAUCCAUUUGGAAACAAGCGCCUCUCGUCGUUGACCGUAGAUGCGAACUUCGCGGGAGCUGUAGUGCACAUAAAUGGCCGAGAAGGCCCACCGGCACAAGGGACGUCGCAUCGAUCGCAACAAAAGGGGAGAUAUAGUCAGUUUGUCGGCGAUGGCUCGAAGAGUAGUAUGGUCCUUCGAGCGCCCGGCAUUGCUCUACGGGUAGAAUAUCAGGACGAAGGACAGGACCCGUCCCUAACCGCUGAGCUUCGUGUUGACGGAUCUAGUAACACUCUGCUGCCCACUGUGGUGCCUAUUAUCAUCGAUAUAUCGGACAGUAUCAAAGCCGUCGUUCGUGACAAGGACGGCGGCGAAACCCUUAGAACGCCUCAAGAAGAGAAACCAGAGCCACCGGCCAAGCCUAGCACAAAGCUGGUUGAUGAGGAUAGCAACAUUAUUAACGCCGACCCAUCUGCGCUUCUGGGUCGCACUAGCCUCAAUCUCGGCCUCAGAAUCUGCAAGCAGGAGUUCAGCCUCAGUUGUCAACCGAUCGCGCGUGUCGCAGCCAUCGCGAAGCUCGAGGAUAUCUACGUCACAGUCAACAGUGUCAAGUCACAAGAACACGGUCAUUUCUUCGCGGCAUCUGCCACGUUUACAAAGCUCAAUGCUACUGUCCAGCACGUUUACUCCCGAGAAUCGACAUUUGGUCUUGAUAUGGAGUCGAUUGUUCUGUCACUCAUGAACAGCAAGCAUUUGAGUGGCACAAGUGGUAUCUCGGCUAUACUCAAGAUCAGCCCCACCGCGUUGCAGAUCAACGCUCGGCAGUUGCAUGACUUCUUGCUCUUCAGAGAGAUAUGGAUUCCUCCCGAGAUUAGGCAGUCGUCGCAGCCAGCGGAUUCGAACGUCAAUCCUAAUCCAGAGCCACAAGAAUAUCUGAUGCAGCGCUACCAGCAAGUGACGGCUGCGACGGCUUUCCCAUGGAAUGCCAAUGUAGCGAUCGCAGACAUCAGGGUCGAUCUGGAUCUUGGCCAAGCUAUUGGUAAAUCCUCGCUCCACAUACACAAUAUGUGGGCUUCGUCAACAAAGGGCACUGAUUGGGAGCAAAACCUGUGCAUUGGUGUAGAGAAGGUCAGUCUCGAGAGCACAGGUCGAACAAGCGGCUUCGUCGAGCUGGCGGGACUGAAGGUACGAACAUCCAUCAGAUGGCCCUCACGAGCACCAGACAAGCGUUCAACACCGCUCAUUCAAGCAUCUAUUGCUUUCGGGAAAUUGCACGUCAAGUCCGGCUUCGACUACCAAGCCUUCGCCAUAGCAGACAUUGCCAAUUUCGAGUUCCUCAUGUACAACGUCCGCGACGAGGGACAAGGUGCUCAAGACCGACUCGUUGCCAUCCUAGAUGGUGACAAGGUGCACGUCUACUGUCAUGCCACAAGCGCGGCACAAGGCCUUGCUCUCUAUCAAGCUAUCGAGAGACUGGUGCAGGAAAACCAACAAGCAUACCUGCAAUCACUAAAGGACAUUGAAAAAUACCUCAGGCGCAAGUCCUCAGUAUCGCAACCUUUCGCCCGCUCACCUUCACCGAGCACGAUUGCCCCGAAACCAAACGACGAUUCGUUCAAGGCUCCAAUCUCCCUUCACACAGAUGUAGUUGUCACGCUUCGGUCCAUCAACUUGGGUGUCUAUCCUGGCACCUUCCUCGACAACGUAGUCCUUAUGCUUGAAGCUGGUGACAUGCAGGCGCGCUUCGCAGUAGCUCUCGAAACCCCAAAGAUCCACUCCAGCCUGAGUAUGACCCUGGGCCAGCUCUCGGUUGCCUUUUCCUCGAUUCCGUCUCCCAAGAAGAGCAAGCCUGUUGCCGAUCUCACUGUUGAAGAUGUAGUCGAAAGCGCAAGGUCUGCGCGUGGCGGCACAAUUCUAAGGGUACCUAGGGUUAUAGCCACAAUGCACACCUGGCAGGCUCCGAAGAACAACCACAUUGACUACGUGUUCAAGAGCAGCUUAGAAGGAAAGGUGGAUGUCGGUUGGAACUACUCCCGCAUCAGCCACAUCCGCCAAAUGUGGACCAACCAUUCGCGAACUCUGGCUGGUCGGCUGGGUAAACCGCUUCCAGAAAGUAACAUCAAAAUCAGCACCUCACAACCCCUCGAAGUCCCUCCCAACUACGGCCAACACGACACGGAAACCACGGCCAACACCACUGCAAACGAAGCGGCGACCCGCACCCGCGCCCUCAGCGUCUCUACAGGUCCGAAUCCAAACAACCCAGACUCUGAGCAAGAGAAGAUCACCGCUGUUGUCAACGUACCGCAGUCCAAAUACGAGUACACACCCCUCGAGCCGUCCAUCAUCGAGACACCACAGCUGAGGGAUAUGGGAGAGGCGACACCGCCGCUGGAGUGGAUCGGAUUGCAUCGGGAUCGACUGCCGAACGUCACGCAUCAGAUUGUGAUAGUCACCUUGUUGGAGGUAGCCAGAGAGGUCGAGGACGCCUAUGAGCGAAUUCUCGGCAGUUCGUAA